GUGUCAUUCUGUUAAGUAGUGUCAAGUGUGGUGACUGGUGUCAAGUAUUUUGUUUUUACUUUCAUUUCUUGUAUUUUAAAUGUUGCUAUGAAUUAGGUUAAUUUCUUUUCUUUCUUUUUCUUUUUAAUUUUCCUUGUUUACUUUUUUCGUUGAAAACUAGGAAUAUGAAAAUUUGAUUCUAUAAACAAAAGUUAUGUCUAGAAUAAGAGGUAUCGAGGCUAAAAUACUAAAACUUCAAAAAGAAGUUCAAAAACAACAAUUAAAACAAAAUGGGAUCAACGAAGAAGAUAAAAAGAACAGAGAAGAUGCUUUGUGUACCAAGGAUGAUCCUGAGAAGGAACAAAUAAAGGAGCUCGUGCUCAAGCUUCCUAAACUGGACAAGAUAUUUCAAGUACAUCGAAAGAUAGGAGAGGGCACAUUUAGUUCUGUUUAUUUAGGUUCUUUGCGCCAGCACUCUGACCUGCCUGAUGCACAGAAGCGCUGGUUUGCCAUCAAACAUCUGGUGCCAACGGCUCAUCCCGCGAGGAUUGAGCACGAAUUGAGAUGCCUGCAGGAUAUGGGUGGAAGGCACAAUGUUAUUGGUGUAGAGCUCUGUUUGAGACAUUUGGAUACUAUAGUGUUUGUUAUGCCGUACAUACCUCAUAGAAAAUUUUCAGAGUAUGUGGGAGAUAUGAAUGCAGAGGAAUUGGCGAGGUACAUGCAUGCCCUGCUGGUGGCCCUGCGACACGUGCACUCUUUUGGGGUUAUCCACAGAGAUGUCAAACCUAGCAACUUUCUGUAUGAUCGAGAAAAUAGAAGGUACUUGUUGGUGGAUUUCGGUCUGGCGCAACGCGUGUGCGCCGCGCCCGAGCCGCCGCCCGCGCAUUCACAGAGCACAGCUAAACGGUUGCGGGAAGAGGAAGCGGACUCAUCCCCGGGCGCCAAGCGCGUGGCGCUGGACCUGUCGCUGGGCACGCGCGCGCACAGCGUGCCCGUCUCGCGCAGGAUCGACGCCAUCAAGCAGCACGCGCUCAAGCAGAGCCUGCCUAGGUUGCAGAGCGCCAGUGUAGCGGCUGCGGUCCCGGCGUGCGCAUGCGCGGGGCUGGCGGGCGCAUGCGCGGCGGGCGGGGCGACGGGGUGCGCGCGGCGGGGGGCGGCGCGGGCGGCGCGCGCGGGCACGCAGGGCUUCCGCCCGCCCGAGGUGCUGCUCAAGAGCCCGCGCCAGGGCACCGCGCUCGACACCUGGGCCGCCGGCGUCGUGCUCGCCUCCGUGCUCACCGCCAGAUACCCGUUUUUCCGCGCGUCAGACGACGUGUCAGCGCUGGCGGAGCUGGCCGACCUGCUCGGCACGGAGCCCAUACAGCGCGUUGCAGCUUCGCUUGCCUGCUCAGCUGUAUUUUCAUACGGUCGGCGUGUAGUAGUGUCGGGUAAACGCAGCGGCAUUUGUUUGCGCAAACUUGCGCGGCGAUUACGAGGAGCUCCUCCCAUACCACCAACACCUGCUGCACCACCGGCACAUGCGGCACUAUCGGCACCUGCUUCACAUGCAGCACUAGCCCCACCGGCUGCACUAUCCGCGUCGAACUGUCUACGCUGUCGGCUUCCGCAGUUGCAGUGCCUGUGCGCUACUAACACUCAACCCAGCCCGAAUCCCGACGACAUAGUAGUGGCGGAUUUCCCGGAGAGCGCGUUCUCGCUGGCGAUGCGCCUGCUCGACCCCGACCCGCGCUCGCGUCUCUCCGCGCACGACGCGCUGCAGCACCCCUUCCUGACCCACCUGCCGCACUGACACACUGCCCUACACCACACCACACUACACCAACACACUACACUACACCACACUACAC